AAAAUAAGAAGAAUAUAGAAGUUGAAAGAAGAAAAACACUUUUCAUUAUAUACAAAUACUUAAAAUCAUAUUACUGGUCUGGUCAGCCAACAUGCCAACUCAAGAACACAUUUUUAAGAAGCUUUAGUGAUUCAUUUUUUUUCCCAAAGCUAUUAGAGUACAAAGUUUGAGGAAUCAAAGAAAAAGAAAAAAGUAAAAGACUCUGUUUUUUCUUUGAGAUGUCUAGUGUUGUUCUUUGGGUACAUGUUUGUCCUAAAGAGAGUAUAAGCUCUGUGCUGAGCUUUGUGCCCAGCAAAAAUGGUGGACCAAAGAGGUCAAAUAUGUGGUGUAGUCCUAAGUUGAGUUUGUCAAGUGGGGUUUGGGCUUACUCGGGCACAGUUGCGAACCCAGCAAGGACUUCGGUAGAGAAGGUGUACGAAGUGGUGGUGAAACAAGCGGCUCUGGUUAGAGAACAGAGAAAGCCCAAAGAGAAAAGUCCGGUCUUGAAUCCACCCACCAUUCAAACUGAUGGAACUACCAAUUGGGAUCUCUUGAAUGAAGCUUAUGAUCGUUGUGGUGAAGUCUGUGCUGAGUAUGCCAAGACUUUUUAUCUGGGCACAAUGCUUAUGACACCGGAACGAAGGAAAGCUAUCUGGGCAAUUUAUGUGUGGUGCAGAAGGACUGAUGAGCUGGUGGAUGGGCCUAACGCUUCACACAUCACGCCAAAGGCUCUAGACAGAUGGGAGAAUAGAUUGGCUGAUCUCUUUGAAGGUCGGCCUUUCGAUAUGUAUGAUGCUGCUCUAUCUCAUACAGUUACAAAGUACCCUGUUGAUAUCCAGCCCUUUAAGGACAUGAUUGAAGGAAUGAGAUUAGACUUGAGAAAAUCAAGAUACAACAACUUUGAUGAACUAUACCUUUAUUGUUACUAUGUUGCUGGAACUGUGGGACUCAUGAGUGUUCCGGUGAUGGGGAUAGCACCAGAAUCAAAGGCUUCAACUGAGAGCGUUUACAAUGCUGCAUUGGCUCUUGGAAUAGCUAAUCAGCUCACUAAUAUACUCAGAGACGUUGGAGAAGAUGCUAGGAGAGGAAGAGUUUAUCUCCCACAAGAUGAGCUAGCACGAGCUGGGCUAUCAGAUGAAGACAUCUUUCGCGGUAAAGUGACCGACAAGUGGCGAAAUUUCAUGAAGGGACAGAUAAAGAGAGCAAGGAAGUUCUUUGAUGAGGCUGAGAAGGGUGUUUCUGAGCUCAGCCCAGCUAGUAGAUGGCCGGUGUGGGCAUCAUUGUUGCUCUAUCGACAGAUAUUGGAUGCCAUUGAAGCCAAUGACUAUGAUAACUUUACAAAACGUGCUUAUGUUGGAAAAGCAAAGAAACUUCUAUCUUUGCCUGUGGCCUAUACCAGAGCACUCAUUGGCCCCUCCCCCUCCCCCUCCUCAACAUUGUCCUAGCUACGUUCUUACAUCUUUGUGACCAAUUUGGGGUCCUGAAGUUUUGAUUCAAGUCUCCAAAAUUUGUAAAUUUCUUUGUUAUAAUACUGCAGAAAAAGUCAAAAUGUACUCUAGGGUCAUAUAGUAUAGAUUCAUUAAUGAAUACUUGUCAGUGCAUAAUUUCCCAACUAGAGUAAAACCCUUCUCUCUCUGAUUUUAUAAAA